AGAAUUUAUAAAAUUAAAAAAACCAUCCAAACGGCACAUUAGUGCGGAGCUUCGAUAAUUGUGGAGGCAGUCACGGACGCCCUGCUCUUCUUUUUAUUCAGCCGUGUGCCAUGGCGGCCAUCGGAAUGCUACGCGUUUCCCCCUUUACUCUCUGAUUGCUGAAGCUUUCACAGCACAAAACCUCUUUCAUUUGGCGUAUGACAUGGAGGACAUCUUGGACGAGUUUGCUUUCGAAUUGAUCAUGAGAAGGAGCUGAUGGGGGCGGAAGCUGAAGAAGCCAGCACAAGCAAGGUGAGCAGGUUCAUUCCUAGUUUCUGUACUUGUUUCAAUCCAACUCAUGUGGUGCGUAAUGUUAAGAUGGGGCCCAAAAUUGGAGAGAUCACCAGCAGAUUACAAGAUAUUUCAGCUAGAAAAGCUGGACUUGGCCUGGAAAAAUUAAGAGGAGCAGCAGCUACUUCCGCUUGGCAAAGGCCACCACCCACUACACCUAUAGCAUACGAACCUGACGUUUAUGGCAGGGAUGAAGAUAAAACACUGGUUCUUGAUUUGCUGCGCAAGGUUGAGCCCAAUGAAAACAAUGUCAGCGUUAUUUCCAUUGUUGGCUUGGGCGGGGUGGGCAAGACUACGCUCGCACGGCUGGUUUACAAUGAUGAUUUGGCCAAAAAUUUUGAACUAAAAGCGUGGGUUUGUGUGACUGAUGUGUUUGAUCUGGAGAAUAUAACAAAGGCAAUUCUCAAUUCGGUGUUAAAUUCUGAUGCAAGUGGGUCUUUGGACUUCCAACAAGUUCAAAGGAAAUUGACAGACACGUUAGCAGGGAAAACUCUUUUACUCAUUCUAGAUGACGUGUGGAACGAAAAUUAUUGUAAUUGGGAUCGUUUGCGGGCUCCUUUGAGUGUAGUGGCAAAAGGAAGCAAAGUCAUAGUUACAACAUGCAAUAAAAAUGUUGCAUUGAUGAUGGGAGCUGCCAAGAAUGUUCAUGAACUAAACCAUUUAUCCGAAGACGAUUGUUGGUCUGUGUUUGAGAAGCAUGCAUUUGAACAUAGAAAUAUCAAUGAUCAUCCGAACCUGGAGUCCAUUGGUAGGAAAAUUGUUGCCAAAUGUGGUGGAUUGCCACUAGUAGCAAAAGAGCUUGCUGGUCGAUUACGCUCAAAGCAAAGGGAAGCCGAAUGGGAAAGCGUAUUGAAUAGCUAAAUGUGGGAUUUGUCAAGCGCGGAAUGUGAGAUUCUUGGUGCGUUGCAGUUGAACUAUCACAAUCUCCCUUUGUUGAAAUUAUAAUCUGACUUAAAGUCAAAUUAGAAGAAUUUUAGGAAUUUGAGAAAUAUUAGGAAUUGUUAUUUAUUUAAGUUUCUUAUGUUAAUCAGGACUUGGGUCUAAUAGAAAUUGAAGUCCUAAUACAAGUAUAAUUAGUUUAUUGUAAAUAGGCUUGUUAUUAUGUUGAAAAGUGAAAUGUAAUAAAAUUUUAUUUUUA